CUCAUAUACACACAAAGGCUUAACAUUAAUGGAGGUCUCAUCAACAUCAUCCAUCUGUUCAAAACCAGAACAAAUCAUGCAAAACUACCCAGCCAUAAUCACAUCUCCUAGGUUUCAGCCUCAGACAAGAUCUCCUCGUCAUCAUCAUCAUGACCAACAUCAACAUCUCUCAAACCCUUACCCAACAACAUUUGUUCAAGCAGACACUUCCACUUUCAAACAAGUUGUGCAGAUGCUGACCGGCUCCUCCACCGAUACCAACACUGAAAACCACCACAAAGCUCCUCCUCCGGUGAACAACAAAGGAGGUUUCUCAGUCCCACCCAUCAAGAAAACCAACAGUUUUAAACUCUACGAAAGAAGACAAAACAAUAACAACAACACGUUUGGUAAGAAUGAUUUAAUGAUCAAUACUUUAAGGCUUCAAAACUCCCAGAGGUUGAUGUUCUCAAGCGGACACAACGGUCAUCAAAGCCCAAGAUUCUCUCCAAGGAACAGCUCACCAGAGAGUGUUCUUCUGUCUCCAAGCAUGCUAGAUUUCCCAAAGCUAGGGCUAAACAGUCCUGUUACGCCACUGAGAAGCAACGAUGACCCCUUGAACAAGUCAUCGCCUUUGUCUUUAGGGAGUUCAUCUGAAGAAGACAAAGCCAUUGCGGAAAAAGGAUUUUAUCUUCACCCUUCUCCAGUUUCAACUCCUAGAGACUCUCAGCCACUGCUUCUUCCUCUUUUUCCGGUUACUUCUCCCAGGAAUCCAUAAAUCCUGACGACGACCCACGAGUGUUCGCAUUCUCUAAUAAGUUAAAUACAUUCUCUGAUUUUGUUUACCUAUGGCUAUAUAUAUAACUAAGAUGUAAGUUCUUAGUACUGGAGUGACUAGAAAUUUUAUGCGGUUUAUAAGCUCACUUUUAAUCUCAAUAACUCAGUGCAAUUUAUGAUUGGAAGGAAGAUUUAUUCAUGAA